CAUUGCAUUAGCAUACCAGCAACUGCGCUACGUGAGGUUUUAAAUAAAGACAUCAACGUGCAAUAUUUUGCAUAGCGUUAGCGUGCCAGCAACUGCGCUAGUUUCCCCAAUAUUAAUUAACGUCAUUAUGACGUACUUAUCAAGCUGGUAAUAUUAUAAUGAUAAUAUUAUAAUUAUAGCAUUCUUUGAUUGAUGGGCAUUAGUUAAGAAAUUGAUUGACAAGGAUAACUGUUAUCAGGAAUCGAAAUACUUAGAACAAAGGAAGCUAUAGAUUAAGAUAUUUUAAUCCAUAUUCAUUCCACGUUUAUAUAACGUUACCUUCAAGUGUCUAUCAUCAAAAUAUAGACAAAGAGGGGGUGGAACAGACUAUUUUCCAAACUCUGUACAGAUUGUUGUUAUAUACUCAGAUGCGAACAGUAGUGCCAGUUCAAAAGGUUUCAACAUGUCGUUUUCUACCACACUUUUCAGACAUGGAAACAGGACUCCAGAAUUGACAGAGUUGUAUCCUAAAGACCCAUACCUGAAUGAGCGUUAUUAUCCAUAUGGACGAGGUCAACUUACUAAGGCUGGAAAACGGAAAGAAUUUAACAUCGGAUCCACCUUGAGGAGCAGAUAUAGGAACUUUCUAGGAGAUUUUUAUCUACCAGAUAUGGUCGAAGCACUAUCUACAGAUUACAAUAGGACAAAAAUGUCGCUGGAAUUGGUUCUAGCGUCACUGUUCACACCUAACAAGGAUCAGAUGUUCGAAAAUGGACUUUACUGGCAACCUGUGCCUUAUAACUACUUACCAAAGAAUAAGGAUCCGGUGAGUAUAUUCCUUGAAUUUGAACAAUUGCGUGUAUGUGUACAUAUACGUAUCUACUUAUGUGGAAAGCUUAGGGUGUACCAUACAUACCAUACUAGACUUCCGAUUAUAAAAAGCGGUCCAGCGAUAUAG